UUAAAACAAAAAUAACAAUUAACUAUAAAAAUGCUUGGAAAGAAAAGUCACAACAAUUGCAACAAGCAACGCAACGUAUGUACAAAUGGUUAUGGAUGGAUAUUAGUUACGUGCUUAAUUUUAGGAUACAUUAGUUGUACAGACGGGGCCCCGGAAAAUGAGGAUAAUGAUUAUUAUGAUUAUGAUUAUGGGGAAGUGGAUAAUGAAAAUCCAGAUCCGUUGAUAACGAAUGUUAAGGAUCCACCGUAUUUUGAAAAAACACAAACAAAAGUAUUAGCCUCAGCCAACCAUGACGUUAUCAUGGACUGCGAUGUUAAAAAUAUGAACGCGAAUAAUGCUGUUGUUUGGUACAAGGACAAUACAAUCUACACUAACGGUCAAUAUGCUAUUAAUCAUCGAGUCGAAGGUUUGAGAAAUAAUUCUCUCUUAUUAAAAAAUAUACAAACCGAUGACGCAGGCAACUAUUAUUGUGAAGUAUUACCGCAAAAGAUACGUUUGCAUGUGAUUUUAGAGAUUGAACGAACAUUGACAAUACACUGUGAUGGUCGUGAGGUAUUGGAUCGUACCGUUGUCUACAAACAAAGCGAGUCACACAUUUGCAAGUGCAAAUCUCCCGGUUCAGAUAUAAACAACAUUAAAUGGUUUAUAAACGGGCAACCGGCCGAGGAAAUUGUCAAUGAAAUCGAUCGUAACACACUGAUAUUGAAUAACAUCGAUGCUCAUUACAGUGGGGUUUUUCAAUGUUUAGACGAUGAUGGCAGUGAGAAACCCAAGCACGGCAUGUUCAAUAUUUUGGUUAAUUACAUACCAAAAGUGACUACACAUCGUCAUCAUAUCAACACGAACAUCGGUAGUAACGCUGAACUUUAUUGCGAUUAUAAAAGUGAACCAAUUGCAGUUACCAGGUGGCUUAAGAACGGUCACUCUCUAAGUUACUCUGAAAAGUAUAUGAUUUCGUAUGCAAAGGAUAAACACUUCAAUCGUACAACACUUAUAGUGAACGAUGUAGCGGAAGAUGAUCUAGGCGAAUACGUUUGCCAAGCCGAGAACGCUCUGGGCACGAGUGAAUUGAAAACACAUCUUAUGCUGGAGCCUGAGAAAGGGCAAUUUGAAGAUAUUAAAAUACUCGGAAAUAAAGUUAUAUUAAAUUGGAUAGUUAGAAGCUUACAACCGUUAUCAGAAGCCGUAUUAGAUUACAAGCUGAAAGGUUCGUACACUUGGAGCACUACAACGGUAUUGCAUACACAACGUCAUGAUAGUGGCAUUUGGAAAAUCAGUCAUGAAAUGGAGCUUACGCCUGGCGAAUGGCAAACGCGAAUAAAAACCAGAAACACGGCGGGUUGGUCGAAAUUCUCAAUGCCGUACAUAUUCGUUAUUGAAGGCGGCGAAGAUUUUGAUAUACUACCAGAUGGCUGGAGUGAUCGCGUGAACGAUGUAAUGCUUGCCGGUUUCGGUGGUAGCCCAAAUAACACUACCAGUAGCUCUACCUCGACGAAAGCUCUUUCCUGUUUAAGUUUCUGCAGCAUUUUAUUACAUCUUAGUCAUAGAUUUCAUUAACGUGUAAAAGAAAACUUCUGUCUAUUGUUUUUGUUUAGUUAAUUUAUGCAUAAUUAUCUGUAAACA